GAUGGUAUCCCUUCUCUUUAAAACACAGCUCCUACCCGCAAAACGAAGGCCUUUUCUUCUUCAGCGCCGAGCCCUAGUUUUCGACUCUCAUGGCGAACACAAUGGCGCGUUCUUUCCUUCAGGCCGUGGCAUCCGAGGAAGUCACCCCGCCUCUUCGUGUUGUUCAGAUGGAGGGCUUGGCUGUUUUGAAGAUAAUAAAGCACUGCAAGGAGUUCUCACCUGCGUUGGUGACAGGACAACUUCUUGGUUUAGAUGUUGGUAGUGUUCUUGAAGUUACUAACUGUUUUCCCUUUCCGAUUAGAGAAGAUGAUGAGGAAAUUGAAGCAGAUGGAGCUAAUUAUCAGCUUGAAAUGAUGCGCUGCCUACGAGAAGUCAAUGUUGACAAUAACACUGUCGGAUGGUACCAGUCUACUUUAAUGGGUUUGUAUCAAACUGUGGAGCUUAUUGAGACGUUUAUGAAUUACCAGGAGAACAUAAGGCGAUGUGUAUGCAUUAUUUAUGAUCCAUCAAAGUCCAAUCAAGGAGUUUUAGCACUUAAAGCGUUGAAGUUGUCAGAUUCUUUUAUGGAACUCUAUCGAAACAAUGAGUUCAAUGGGGAAAAGUUGAGGGAGAAGAAGGUGACUUGGGUGGAUAUCUUUGAAGAAAUACCUAUUAAAGUUUCUAAUUCUGCACUUAUUAGUGCAUUCAUGACGGAACUGGAGCCUGAUUCCCCUGUUGCACAGUGUGAUUUUGAUCGUCUACAAUUAUCUACUUCUUCAUUCAUGGAGAGGAAUUUGGAAUUUAUGAUUGAAUGCAUGGAAGAUCUUUCUGCUGAGCAAAACAAGUUUCAAUAUUAUUAUCGGAAUGUGUCACGGCAACAAGCGCAGCAGCAAGCAUGGCUUCAAAAGCGAAGAACUGAGAAUAUGGCAAGGAAAGCUGCUGGAGAAGAGCUGUUGCCUGAGGAGGACCCAUCAAACCCUAUAUUUAAGCCAAUACCUGAACCAUCACGCCUGGAUAGCUAUCUUAUAAACAAUCAAAUUGCUAACUAUUGCAAUCAAAUAAACGGGGUUGCUGGUCAGAAUUUCAGCAGACUAUAUCUGAUGAAGGCAUUGCAUGAGAAUUGAGUGAAAGGGAGCCAGUCCUUUUUGUGAUUUACUGCAAAUUUUGGAAUUUCGAAAAUGAAAAACCUCUAGAUCAUCUCAUAUUAAUGUUUUUUUAAGGUAUUGAGUUAAGGAUGCGUUUGUAUCAAAAUUCUAUUUUUGUUUGAACAAUUGACAAGAGAGCUUGGACCUGAACUGAAAUGACAGUUAUUUUUCUGAGUGA